UUGGCAAAGUAAUACACGACACUUUGUUUUGUAGCAUCGUUGUCGAGGCACAUUUGCUGAUUAUAACUUGUGAUUUUGAGAUUUCAANUUAGUUUUAAAUCUUGCAUUGCAUUUCUAGUCUUAUCUUAAUAUUGUAGACUUGUUUGAACCAAUGCAUUUGUACUUCAUCUCCAUUCAUAUUAAUUUGCAUCUAGCGACCAGUAUAACAGAUCAAAUUCAAGUAAAACCAAAAUGACAUUCUCACCAAUCUCUCCCUUACGUCUCUUAGACUCAAACCAACCACUCUCCAACGCACAAUUUGGUAGAUACACACACUACUCUUCCAUAUGAAUAUUAUUAUUCACAAUAUGGCAUUGAUCUCCAUGGCUGCUUCUUAUUCCCAUUUCCCAAAUGACUCAGGCCAGUGUGCCGAGUUUGUAGUGAUCAGAUUGGACAUGGGGAAAAUGGGAAGCUUUUUGUGGUUUUCCAUGUGUGUAGUUUUCCCAUUUGUCAGCCCUGCUAUGAGUAUGAGAGGAGUGAAGAAAACCAGUGCUGCCCUCAGUGCAACACCCGCUAUAAGCGCCACAAAGGUUGUGGAUGGUGACGAUGAGGAGCAUUCUGAUGCAUAUGAUUUUGAUGAUGAUCCAGAUGAGAAACACGAUGCCAAUCAUUGAGUAAAUUUUUAAUAAUAUGAUGGCAAAAUUUUUAAUUUGUGAUAACUCUUCUGUUGAAAUUGGUACCUCUGUUAUUUUUUUAUCUUUAAUA